CAAUUGUGGUAUAAAGGUGAAAAUAUUGUUAAUUUAAUGUCGAUCAUUUCUUGAAAUAAUACUAAUUGUGACAAUAAUACGAAUCUAAUAUGCCUUUAAAGUAUACUCGCAAGAAUCGUAGUUAAUACAAGAAAUAAAUUUCAUUAAUUAAUUGAUUAGAUGAAUGUAGUGAAGAAUUAAACAAUGUUCGCAUCUUUGAAGAAUAAAAUUCGAGAGGAGACAGGCAGUGAUCUAUCUAAAUUGACUGCCAAAAUCACCUCCUCUACAGUGCAAAGGAUAGAUUCAUUGAGGGGCCGUGGCUCCACAACCAGUAUUAACUCACUUGUAUCAUCUGAUGGUGUCAGAGAAGACAAUGGUGAGUUUAAAAGUGAAGAGGACUAUAGAAGACGGUUGAAUAGAUUAGAGCAAGAAUUUGCAAAGAAAUUGGAUGAAAAGGAAAAGGAAUGGAGAGACGCAUUGUGUGAUAAGGAUAAGCAUGUGCAGAGUUUGGAGAGGGAAAAGGAAGAAGCCCAUAAACAGAUACAUAAUUUAAAGGAUUCUUUAAAAAAUGCAGAAGUUUGUAAGCAGAAGAUGGUAGAGAGGCAGGAGGAUAAGGAACAGAUUGAAAAUUUCCAAACUCAAGAACUAGGAAAAGUGAAACAUUUAGUUCUCUUAAGGGAGCAAGAGUUGGAAGAGAAAACUUCAUCUUUGAAAGAGGCAAAUCAACAAUUGGAUAAACUAAGAAGUGAAGUUAAUAGGCUGAGGAGAUUUGAGGAACAAUUGAGUCAUUCACAGGAUGAUUUAGAAAGUUUGCGACAUUCUAGUGCUAGAGAUUUAGCUUCUUUGGCUUCGGAUUUAGCUAAGAGGGAGGAGGAAAAACGACAUUUAACAUAUUUGGUUGCCGUGUUGGAGCAACGAGCUGCAUGCGAUUGUAAUUCUAGCGGUAAUAAUGAUCAUGUAAAUGCCGAAAGAAAAUUAUUAGAGCAGAGACUCGAGGAAGCACACAUACAUUUGGCCGAUAUCAAAACAUCUUGGAGCGACAAGAUCGCGUCCCUCGAAACUCAAGUCGGUCGUUUGAGUAGACAAGCUGCCGAAGAAGGAGCUGAAAGGCGAAGAGCUGUUGAUGAGAAAGAAGUAUUGUUAGAGAGAGUAAGACAAUUAGAAUGCGAAUUAGAGUGCAAUAAUUUAGAGUUGAGUAAUAAAGAGGCUAAAAUGAAAAGGUUAACAAUGGAAGUUGAGGAAUUAUCCGCGGAAUUGAAAAGUAUUAGGUCAAAAACUGAGCAAGAGGUCGCUUCUUUAAGGGACCAAAUCCAAAACGUAACGACCGAAAUAAAAGCGGUCCGCAAGAAUCUGGAAAAUGCGGAAAGCGAAUUGGAAAAGAACGACGACGAAUGUGCGAAGUUGAGGAUCUCCGUGGAUUCUGAACAUCAAGCCAACUUAUCCUUAAAGCAAGAUAUAACGAGAUUGGAGAAGGAUUUGAUGGACGAGAAAAGCAAUAGUCUGAAUGUGCAAAGGACGCUAACUAGAGUAACCGCGGAGAAAAAUACAGCAUUAUUAAGAAAUGCAGAGAUUUCGCAGCAGAUGGAAUUGGCCAAGCAGGAAACGCGUCGACAAGAGACGGAGAUGAAUGACUUGCUUAAUAAGAUUGGUCAGUUAGAAGAGGAAAAUAAACAAUUCAAGGAGAAGGAAACUAAAGGUAUUGAACAGGAGCUGAGAAAUACCGUAGCAGUAUUAGAAGAGCAACUUUCCGAUAAGAAUAAGAAUAUAAAAACGCUGCAGCUCCGACUGGCCGAUAUGAAAAAGACAUUACAACAAGAAUUGCGCACCACGAACCAUUCAAAUUUUUACGACAUCGACACGAACGCUGCAAUUUUGACUCCGAGUCAAACUACAACACGCCAUCACCAAUUCACUGUUCGAAAGGACGACGACGAUGUUAACUUCACAUACCUCAAACACGUUAUUAUCAAAUUCUUAACUAGUCGAGAGUACGAGGCUCAGCAUUUAACUCGGGCCGUCGCCACUCUGUUGAAAUUCUCCCCAGAAGAGGAGAAGCUUUUAAACGAUACCUUAGAGUGGAAAAUGUCGUGGUUUGGUAGCAGACCGAAAAUUGAUAAGUAAAAUUUGUUUAGCCGAGGGACGAUUACAGCGUACACUUCUGGAGUUAAGUGUUGAUACUGGCCGCUGUUGUCCAG